AUGCGAUUCCCGCUCCAUGCUGGACUGGGAACGUGCCUGGGCUGCUACCCACUCGACGGCGACGUACAGUCGCUCGUGUCGCAGACGGCGGCGACCUACGGCAAGGCCUUCUCCUAUUGCCUCCCGGCGACCUCGAGCACCUCCGGGUUCCUCACGCUGGGCACGCCAAACGACACAUCGGACUUCGUGACGACGCCCAUGCUCAGAGUCAAAGACUACCUAACGUUCUACAACGUGCUCCUCCAAGACAUCCAAGUGGACGGGAAUCUGCUCGGGAUAUCGCCCUCGGUCUUCGCCGCCGGCUCGUUGAUGGACUCCGGCACCCGCAUCACCACGCUGCCGCUGGAGGCGUACUCGGCGCUCUCCUCGGCUUUCAAGGCCAGCAUGACGCAGUACACCGAGGCACCGCCAUGGAGUGUCUUCGACACCUGCUUCGACUUCACAGGGGUGGAGGAGGACAACCUCACGAUACCGCCAGUCGCGCUGGUGUUCGACGGGGGCGCCAUCGUCGACCUCGACCGCAGCGGGAUCAUGGACAUGUCAGCCAGCUGCCUUGCGUUUUAUGCUGCCACCGCCGACUACGGCAGUGUCAUCGGCAAUCUACAGCAGCGGACGGUUGAGGUGCUGCACGACGUCGGCCAGAGCGUCUUCGGCUUCCGCAAGGGCGCGUGCUGA